CAAGAACGUGUGCGGUGAAGAUGGCGGACGAACUUACACAUCUUUGCUAAUAAGAUGGAACAUUUCAAAGGCAAGAGAGAUAUUCAGGCAAGUCUAUUCCAUUUGACUGUAACUUCUAUCACUUUUAAUUUUAAUCGAGAGUUCUUUCUUUUUUCUUUUAAAAUUUGUUUCCCGUUAUAUUUUACACUCGCACAACAACUUAUUUUCACCGGUUUUUCUCAAAAUUAUAGCAUCUUUAAAUGAUUUUAAGAGAAGUGAUUUAUGGCACUCUGAGAUUUAGUUUCUGAUUUCCCUACAGGUCCAAGGAACAAAUGACCGUGCUACUCUAAGCAAGUUCUCAACCGUAACACAUGGAUACUAUGAAGAUAAGUUCUUACAGUAUUUUGUCUCCAAGACUGCUAGAAGAGCACCGAUUAUUCAUUGGUCAGUAAUUUAGGGUUUUUCUUCUAACUACCUGACCUAGACUAAUACAAAUGAUUGAAUUUCAAUUGAUGAUUAAUAGGGCCUGAUAGGUUCUAGGUAUCAACUGUCUUUGCUCACUUGGCCAGUGGAGAUAAUCGCAUAUCGAAGUAAAAAAUACAUAUAUUUCCAUGGAAGAAAGCUAACUUGACUCCCUUGAAUGGUCAAUUUUUCUUGUUAUUGUACAUUUGUAUCAAAAAUUAGCUCACGUGAUGUAAUGUGAAAAUGAUUGAUUGGUAUUGGCUAAUCAAUGAAUGUUAUGGAAAAGAAAAUUAACUUUUUCCAGGAUAUAUUGUCACAGAAUGCUUAAAGUGUACAUAUAAAUUCCGGUAUGUGUUCAAAUGCAGGUCAUAUUAUAUAAGGGCAAAGGCAAUACAGUACAUGGUAAAGGGCUUUUUACAGAGCCUGAGGCUGAAAAAAUGUGCAUACAAACAGGUACUUGACAUGAAUUACAAAUGAUUUUGUGAACUAAGAAAAAUAAGGAAUUUUGUUGAUAUUCGACAUCAGCCCCAAAGUUAGUUGUAGUGGCAACUAUACACCAAGAUAAUUUUGCCUUUCUUAAGUUUUUUUUCAAAGAAGUAGCCUAAUUUAUUAGUUGCUUCAAUAAUAGCAAUUAUAUUGAUAUUCUGUAUUUAUAUAUUGAUAUUCAUUCAGAAUCUGUUGAUUUAUUUAAAUGUAACUUACCAUAAGAAUGAAGCAUAAUGAUACACUCAAAAAAUAUAUACCCAAAAUAGGUGAAAUUGUCAGCAGCUGGAUUGAAUUAAGCAAGUAGAGAAUAUUUUGAUUAUGAGGUAGUCUUAAUCUUAUGGUUGUGUGUUAUUCCUCUAUUUUAGAUUGUUUCUGUAGGGGCUGGAUUUGACACACUUUUCUUCUCACUUUCCAGUGAAGCAUUUCUAAAAGACACAAAAUAUUUUGAGGUAAAAUUUUUUUCAGUAUUACAUAACAGAUCUCUUGUUUGUUGACAUUUCUCAGAUUUGGUAAUUUUUUUUUCUGAUUCAUAGAUUGACUUCCCAGAGGUUGCUAAACAGAAAGCUAGUUUGAUUCUUCAGCACAAAGAAUUAUUUCAAGGAAUCGGAAAAAUUUUAACAGAAAAUAAACAGUGGCUUGGAGGAGGUCAGUCACUGGGAAUAUCUCUCCUCUUUCCUUUAUUAUCUCUCACUGUUUUUUCUUUUUCUUUACUUUACUCUGUCUCUCUCAUAUUAAUGUACAUUUGUGUGUACUAUUCUGUCAAUUUAGAGAUACAACAAGUAGUAGUCUUUUAAUUGUUUGUCUGAACACCAUAAGCCAUGCAAUUUUGUAGCAAAUUACCAACUAAAUACAUUUUAUUCAUUUCUGAUUUCCAGGUAUUGAUGGUGAAAAAUAUACGCUUCUGGGAUGUAACCUAAAAAAUCGUUCAAUGCUUGAAAAUUGUCUAUUGAAAUGUGGACUUGACACAUCACUUCCUACUUUAUUAUUGUCAGAAGUUGUACUGACAUAUAUGGACCCACCAGAGAGGUAUUCUCCUGAGCUCUGUUUAUGGUACAUAAGUAAUUUGACUGGUGAAUUUUUGUAGCAUCACACCAACUGAAAGCACUAGCUGUUUUGUGGACCUUAAAAAUAUCAGGGAGAUAUGAUUGUGUUAAAUAUAAUUAUAUGGAUUUUGACAAAUUAGGAAGGAAGAUGAUUAAGAACUCUUUAUUAAGUUUAAAAGUAUUAGAAGCUCAGGAAACAGACUCUGAGGGGAGGAAUUUUAAUUUUACUGGAGAAGCUUCUAUUCCAGUUGUUAACAUAGGUGAUGUGCAUGUGUUUGCAUGCAAAAGAAGUUAACUUAUCUUAUUACAAUGUAAGAAAACUAUGAAACUGACCAAUCAUGACUGACCUAUGCCACUUGAGUCUGACAGCCAACAACAUCACGGCAAAACUAACCAAUCAGUUUAUACAAACCGGACUAAGUACAUUCGACUGACAGCAACCUUUCACUUGACUCUGAUGAUGACUUCCACUCAGGUUGUUGAAAGGUCAGUCGCCAUUACCAACAUUAGUCCUUCUCAGGACUACACUCACCUGGACGAUCAAAUGACACUAUUAAAUGUUACCCCCGGGUUCAAAGCACGUACUGUAAAACUAUGAAUGUUGUUUUUUGUUUGGUUGGUUUGUUUUGAUGAAAGGGCUGGAGGUCUUAUAAUUCAAUGUGAGAAAUGUAUCUUAGUAAUUUGGUAGAUGUGUUAUGAUUAUUAUCUGUUAUGGUUUUCUUUAAUAUUGUCAAAAAGGUGGUACAAGCUUUGUUAUCUCUAACAAUCAAGGAGGCAAAGCCAAAUCACCAAAUUAACCUGUUUUGGCACUUGAUAAGAAAUUUUCUUGACCAACAUAGUUAUCUUUUUUAUUUUUAAUUUAUUUCUGUUUUAGUUCCACAGCCAUAAUUGGAUGGGCAGCAGAUUUCUUUAAAUCUGCCAUGUUUGUAAUGUUUGAGCAGGUAGGGAAUGAAGUGUUUUGCAUCUUUAAUGCCAGCAGGGGUUGGGAAAAUGUGGUAAAGGAUACAGAAAGAGGAAAGCAGGGUCAUUAUCCUGUGAUCAUUAUAACUGUUCUGUCCUAUGGAUAUGUGGGUACAAAAACUACACUAAUACAAGUGGUUUAUUACGUAGGUAUCCCCUCAUGAUCCCUUUGGAAUAAAAAUGUAAGUACUGUACAUUUUUGUAACUUCUGAUUUAUUCCUAGCUCAAUUAUGUGGCAAGUGCGGCUUGUUGUCUUCUAUUUCCAUAAGACCUAAUUAUUUGACAUGACUGGUGGUUAAAAAUAAAGCAGAAGAAGUAAUUGAAUUAUAAACAAAAAAGUCUUUGAAGCAAUUCUAUGAUUCUGUAUCCGUCAAGAUAUUAGUUUCUGCAUGUUAGUACAUUUAUGUAAGCCUCCCGGAAUCUCCUCCUUUGCAAACCAUAUAUCAAAGGAUUGACAGCACAAUUCGCUGCUCCCGUGAACGGCAUAAUGAGAUAAACUUGACGAGAAAGCUUGUACUGGCCUUGAAAUAUGUCGAGAAAUUCAAUUAUAAAAGCUGGAGUCCAACAUAUUACGAAAGCGAUCAGCACGGUGAGGAGAAUUUUCGUGAUUUUCACUUCCUCUGCGUAUGAUUUCUCAUUGUUUACGUGGAUAUUUGAAGGUGCAAUCUGCGAGAAAUGUAGAUGAACUUUGCGGAACACUUUGUAAUAACAAAAUGCAAUGACUGGAUAAGUCAUGGUGAUUAUUACAGUGUAUGGUACGAUGAGAACUGCUUGAUUUUCACUGUCUUGACUCUUACAAGCGAAACACGCGCAUUUUCCGGGAUGGAAACAGAAUCGUUGGGAAACAAAUGGAACUAUAAAUAUUCCAGAAAAGAUUGCACAAAACGCGAUAGAAAUAAGAACUUUGCUUUUUGUGUAAAACCUCUGGUAAAUAAUCACGGACUGCAUCAUUUUUAUGUAACGAUUGACCGCUAUGAGUGUCAUGGUUAUUACUGAAAAACAUGCAAAGUAGUAUGUUAGACUGCCUUGAAUCUGACAAAUCACGUCUCCAAAUGGCCAUCUUCCUAGAAUCACCACAGUUAACCCCAGAGGAAGACAGAGAAUCGUUGACAGCAAGUCUGACGCAGCCAAUGCAAUUACGUAGUAGUUCUGGAUACGGCGGAGCGCAUAAGUUCUGUAAAAUGCCAAACACAGAGUUAUGUUUCCCAUCAGUGCCAAUAUUGUGAUAAUGAAGGCCGAAGUUGUUUCAAAAAUAACUGUCCCUAUCUGUCUGUUUCUAAGCGAUUCCUCAAGAAUUGUUUUCCUGUCUAAAGAGAUAUUCAUUCUGUUGAAAAUCAAAAGAUUCCUUUAAAAACUUUCUUUAAGGUGCAGUGCAUAAUAUCCAAUGCCCCAUUAUAGUUUACUUACGGUUUUAGUGAAAUUUAAUGUAGCCUCUUCUCAACUUGACACUUAAUUGUAAAUUUUGCUAAGUUUUUAAUUUAAAUGUCCUUUUCAUGACACCCUUAUCAGACAUAUUUAGACACCUGUCUGGGGUUGAAAUAACUUGCAUACAAGCCUCUAGUCAAACCGGUAAAUUUUAAAAUGAAUAAGCGUUGAUUUUAAGGAGGAACUAAAUGUGGCACUUCAUGAAUUAAAUGGACCAUUUCAGCUGAUAGCUAUUUCUGACCCAUUGAUGCAAGCGUGCUUAGAUAGUUGACAAAACUAAAUGGACCAUUUCAGCUGAUAGCUAUUUCUGACCCAUUGAUGCAAGCGUGCUUAGAUAGUUGACACAAUUAAAUGGACCAUUUCAGCUGAUAGCUAUUUCUGACCCAUUGAUGCAAGCGUGCUUAGAUAGUUGACACAAUUCCGUAUUUUAUCAACAAUUGACGGGGAAUUUUUCUUUUGUUUCUAUCCUGAUAGAGGUGAAAAAAAAAAAAACAAGACAUGGAUGGGCAAUAAUAUACAUAGCAAAAAGCCUCGUGCGAAGCGUUAUUAAAGCCUGUACCUUGUAGAUAUUAUUCCUGUCAUCCGACUCGGUAAAUAUCCACCACUGUUCAUCUCCCCUUCGGUUAAUAAUCGGCAAUCAUUAUUAAGGGCUGCCAUGUUUAAUAAAUAUUUGGUUUGUGAGAUUCUUUAAUUGCCAUCGAUAUAGCUAUGGAGCGAAUCUUUUAAGAUGCAAUUUAUGAUAUGAUUCUUUCUCACAAUGUGUCAACAACGAAUUUUAUUUAGAGGUAGAUUUGAUAGCAAAAAAACGGUUGAAAUACGGCCUUCUUUCUCAAGUUUUCAUUAAUUCUUUAUUCAAUUAUUAUUCAAUUCAAAUGGUCUUGUCUUUUACAGAGAUUUAAUCACCUGGUACAAAGUGAUUCCCGAUAUCCAAGUUAAAUUUGUAUCGCAUAAAAAAUUAACUGAUUUUUCCUUCGUUACCAGGAUAAACCAUUUUAAAGAUUCAGUUGGAGCUCCUUUGUUUGCCACAGAAGCUUUCCCAACCCGACAAAGUCAAAUACAGCGAUUUAUGGGCGAGGUGAAUUGAAAACAGACACUUUGAUAUUAGUUUGACGUCGUCUUUUCGUUGAGUUCAUCACUUUUUCUUUUCAUUUCGCACUUUAUAGGGAUGGCCUUUGGUCCGAUGUCCAACACUGAAUUUCUUUUACUAUGAUACUUUGCCUGAAGAAGAAAAAAGGCGAGUGGAAAAUGUGGAGCCAUUUGAUGAGUUUGAGGUGAAGUUUUUAGUGAAAUAAAAUCGUAGUCUUACAGUGGCGCGCUAUUUGCCACGUUCAAUUGAUUCGUUGCUGUGUUUUUUAUCUUCUUACUGUUUAUCUAUGUUUUGUAAGUCUUGAAUAAACUCGAAAGAAAACCGUUUUUUUUCAGGAAUGGCACCUGAUGUGUUCACACUAUAUAGUCCUUGCUGCAUUCAAGGGGAUCUGUCAGGAUGUUUGUGAGGAGCUGCUUUCGCAGCUGAAUGGUAGGUGAUUGUAUGAGCCAGCUAACCCAAGAUGCAGGUUCGGUGUCUUAUUCAUUACCUUUGCAUUUGACAUUUUGUUUUUCCUCCUAAUUCAGCAAAAGGGAUCCAUGAUGACUCGUCGCUACAUGAAAAUGUUAAGUGCACAGUUCGAGUUAUGGACGUUGUACCCUCGCGGGAUAAACUCAAAAGGUAACAAUUCUGCUUCUUUAAGUUUCUGACUUCUCUAGCAACUAUUUGAGUUUUAUUCACUUGCUUCGCGACAAAUUUAUACCAUGCUGAGGCAGCUUUUAUUUUUAAAGAAGGACAAGUUAGGCCAGUUUUCGUUUUCUUCGCCGUUGCCCAAUUUUCUUGAUUGAGAAGAAUCCAAGUAGACACUAAUUUUUAGACAACAAACGCCUAAGUAACCUCUCGUUUUGAUAACUAGGCUAGGUCACGCAGCCACUCCUCUUAGUAACGGUGCAGUUCUCAUUACUGGAGGAUUUGGUCUGGAAAAUGGUAAACACCAGCGGCUUGAUGGAAUUCAACUACUGCGAACGGUGGAAGGUAACUAAACAACAACCGUCACUUUUAAUGUUAGGGCAAUACUGAACAACAACUUAAACUAAAAUAGCAACAGUGAAUAUAUAGCUGCUUGGUUAUAUAAGAAUAUCGAUCAGUCUAUUUUUAACUCAAAUGAUCUUCUUCCAGGUAAUUUACACUGUGCAGACAUCUUACCGGAUUCAGAGCGAACACUCGGUAAGAAAGAGAGACGACGUCAUAACCGAAGUAACGUUAGUGGGUCCUUAGUAGUUAAAAACACCUUUUAUACCAAUGCGAUAAACCAUGGAGCGCCGAGUAAGAAAGGUUUAUUUUCUCUUCCCCACCCCCUAUCCCCUUGCUAAUGUAUAUUGGCUCUUUCAACCUUACAAAACACGAUUAACUUUGAAAAGUGGAAGAACCCUAAAAAUCUCCUGGAUAACAAUAUUUAAGUGCAUGCAGCCGACGGCUAAUAGCGAUGGGUUUCCAUGACACUAAUUUUAUCAUCUUUUCAUAUCAGGUGGCCGAAUGUUUCACACUGCUACAAGAUUAAACGAUACUGAUAUACUUAUAUACGGUGGGCGGACAUCACCAUCAAAUCCUUGUAAAGAAACAAUUCUGAUAUCUCUGGACAACAAGGAUGAAACAAAGCCUUUACAUUGUACAAACGGUGAUGUUACCUCUCGUCCAAGUUAUAAAUAUACCAUUUACAGUUGUCAAGGAGAUAUACCAGAACCAAGAUGGCGACAUACAGCAACACAUGUAACCCUUCCCGAUGGUAUGAACGAACUCUUCCUCUUUGCCUGUAGAACCCAAAAGCGACAGAAAGUGUAAUAAGUAUUUGAGCUAUUCAAAGUGUUUCAAGUCAAUACAUAUAUUGAACAACUUAAUUCCAGGUCAUGUGCGGAGAACAGAACACAAAAAUAAGAAGGGCCUUCGUGUCGAUUGAACUGAAAGCAGAAACUCUUAGAAGUUUUAAAGGCCCAAAAGUCUUCAGUACAAAUCCAAGGGGUAGUGGGUUGAGACCUUUGUUAUUUUUCCUCUCUCUUUUCUCCGCUACUAACCACAGGAUGUUCACGCUAAAGAAUUAUUGGGCUGGCUGCGGUCCAGACCAGCUCCUAAGUUAUAAAUUCAACUUUAUUUUACAGGAAGCGAAAGCUUGCUAAUAUUUGGUGGACGUACUUCUUCAUGCCUUGCUCUUGGAGAUUGCUAUUUACUAAAUAUAAAAUCAAAAACAUGGAAUAAGGUACACUAGUUUUUUUUAAGUAACAGAACCCAUCAUGUGGUCAGAAAAGUCACAGAGAAGCUAAAAAAGUAUGCUACACCUUACCGAAGAAAAAGUGUGUCUCUGUUUGUUUCAAUUUUAAUGCAUUGAAGAUUGGUUUUUAUUUAGGAGUCCAUUUCACUUGAAUUCCCAGAUUUUCAUUAAGGGAGAUGCCGCUACCCCACGUCAUUCUCAUAGUGCAUGCGUAUGGAACAAUCAUGUGGUGCUGACAGGAGGCCUGGACGCUAAUCUCCAAGCCUUGAGCAUAGUUCAAACCAUGGAAACUGAUGUAAGGAGCAUUUUGUACUCUUAUCUUGACUGGUUAAAUACACCUAUCACGUGGUACAAAACGGGACAAACUGACAGUCAUACUGAACAGUUUACUGACCGCACUGAAUGGACUCCGGAGGUUUUAACUGGCAAACAGAAAUGAAAUAGUUAUUAGCUCUUGCACUAGUAAGGUUUUAUUGGUCAUACCUAUGAUAAAUUGUAAAGAUACAUGUUUUUGCUGGCUGUUAUUCAAAUGUUGAACAAAGUUAUUUUCCUUCCAAUUCUGUCUCAUUCAACAGUCAGAGACGCAACGAGAACCACUGGCAUGUUGAAACUCACGUAAGGUGAACAUCUUAUCCAUACUUUCUUGCAGGUAAAUUCUGUAAAGCUACGGACUCUAUCUGUUGAUCCUCCCUUACCUCCGAGGUAAUACGUCGACACUGAUACACCUACCUUUUUAAAAUGCUAUAACUUACUUUUCUCGCGAGAGAUGCCCUACAACGCGUGCGGAACUAAAGACACGAUGGACUAUGGAAUAAUUUCACUAUGAAGGCAUUGAACCCAGGAAAUUGGCAUUAUUUUUGUUGGUUUACUUUUUGGUUUGUUUGUUUCAGAUACUCUAACACAGCUCAUGUUGUUGAUGAAAAUCUUUUUCUCAUUGGCGGAGUAAUUCCGAAUUCUUCCCAUCCUGCAGGGGUUGUUGUUUUGAAUCUGAAGAAUCUGACCUGGAAAUCUUACACACUUCCGGUUGGUUUCACAUCAUCAGCUCUUUUUUUUUCUGAUUUUCCAAGUUUUCUUCCAUAGAUAGUUGUCCAUUCAUCUCUUAAUUUGGUAUGCAGUACAAUUGGAAAAAUUGCUUUGUCGUUAAGUUACAAAUUUUUGCAAAAAAAAAAAGGAAAAACUAUCGAGGGUUUCAUUUAUCCCUAUUUUAUGGAAUCGUCAGAAAUUCUGUACUGUCUUUUUCAUUCAAUAAAUUGUUUCAAUUUUUUUAACCAUAUUUUUUUCAAUUUAUCAAGUCUAAAACCUGAUAAGAUAGGUCGGGUAUAUUCAAACAGAAUUUGAAACCUACUAAGUCUACCAGUUAGCGUAAAGGAAGCGUAGAAUUGUUAUUCCGUUCUUAAUUUUUUAAUUAUUUGUUCCUUUGUUAUUUACUUGGAUGUCCGCUUAUUUUCUUCCAGGUGCGUUCAACACCUUCAAUUCCUCUUAUGCUUCACAAUCAUUGCAGUGUCAGGUGGGAAGAUUCGCAAGGUUUUAUGGUUCUUGGCGGUGGAGGAAACUGUUUUUCAUUUGGAACUCAUUUUAACGAUGGGCCAGUGUUUAUUGACUUGCCUCCGCCGGGAGAAGCAGCAGCCUCUAAGUGA